AUGGAAGAUGAUUUCAAGCCGGUAGCACAGCCUCAAAGAAGAUUGAACCUGACUAUGAAAGAAUUAGUCAGAAAGGAAGUGGUGAAAUUACUUAAAGCAUGUAUGAUUUAUUUUAUUUCUGACAGUUCUUGGGUGAGUCUUGUGCAGGUUAUUCCAAAGAAAGGUGGAAUGACUGUGAUCACCAAUGACAAGAAUGAGUUGAUUCCAACCAGAAUAGUUACAUGUUGGAGAAUGUGUAUAGAUUACAGAAAGCUGAACAAGGCCACUAGAAAUGACCAUUUCCCAUUGUCUUUCAUGGAUCAUAUGUUGGAGAGAUUAUCUGGGCAGGCAUUCUAUUUUUUUCUUGAUGGAUACUCCGGCUACAAUCAGAUUACAGUCAAUCCAGACGAUCAGGAGAAAACAACCUUUACAUGUCCCUUUGGUGUUUUUGCUUAUAGGAAAAUGUCAUUUGGAUUAUGUAAUGCUCCAGCAACAUUUCAGAGAUGCAUGCUAGCUAUCUUCUCAGAUUUGGUGGAGACGAUCAUUGGAGUUUUCAUGGAUGACUUCUCUGUAUUUGGUGCUUCAUUUGAUCUGUGUUUGGAAAAUUUGGAUAUCGUACUGAAGCGGUGUAUGGAAACCAAUCUGGUACUUAAUUGGGAGAAAUGUCACUUCAUGGUGACUGAAGGAAUUGUCCUUGGGCACAAAAUCUCAUCAAGAGGAAUUGAAGUGGACAAAGCAAAGGUGGAAGUUAUUGAGAAGCUACCACCACCAACAAAUGUCAAAGCCCUAAAAAGUUUUCUUGGACAUGCUGGAUUUUACAGACGCUUCAUCAAAGACUUUUUCAAGAUUGCCAAACCAUUGAGCAAUCUCUUGAAUAAGGAUUCUUCUUUUCUCUUUGAUAGUGCAUGUUUAAAACCAAUGAGCAAUCUCUUGAAUAAGGAUUCUUCUUUUCUCUUUGAUAGUGCAUUUUUAGGACAAAGAAAAGAUAAAAUCUUCCAGGCAAUUCACUAUGCUAGUAAAGUUUUAAAUGAACCUCAAAUAAAUUAUGCCACAACUGAAGAAGAAUUGUUAGCAAUAGUGUUUGCAUUGGAAAAAUUUAGAAGUUACUUGAUAGGCUCAAAAGUUGUCAUAUAUACUGAUCAUGCGGCUAUCAAGUAUCUCUUAACAAAACCUGAUUCUAAACCAAGACUGAUAAGAUGGAUUAUGUUGUUGCAGGAAUUUGAUUUAGAAAUCAAAGACAAGAGCGGAAAGGAAAAUCUGUUUUUUAGGGAUGCCACUCAAUUCGUGUGGGAUGACCUUUAUCUAUUCAAAGCAGAAGCUGAUGGGAUACACAGAAGGUGUCUAGCCUCAAAUGAGGCUAAGGAAAUUUUGUGGCAUUUCCAUAAUUCUGCCUAUGGAGGGCACUACAAUGGGCAGAGGACAACUGUGAAAGUCCUCCAAUCUGGUUUCUAUUGGGCUACACUCUUCAAAGAUGCUCAUUUUCAUGUACAAAGAUGUGAUGAAUGUCACAGAGCAGGUUCCAUUACCAAAACAAAUGAAAUGCCCUUGCAAAGUAUCUUGGAAGUCGAAGUUUUUGAUUGUUGGGGUAUGGAUUUCAUGGGACCAUUCCUGUCCUCAUUCUCUAAUGAAUAUAUCUUGGUAGCUGUUGAAUAUGUUUCUAGAUGGGUGGAAGCAGUGGCAACACCAAAAGCUGAUGGCAAAACUGUAAUCAAAUUCUUAAAGAAGAAUAUUUUCAACCGUUUCGGAGCACCAAGGGUGAUUAUUAGUGAUGGAGGUUCUCACUUUGUCAAUUCUGAACUAGCCAAGGCAUUGGAGCAUUAUGGAAUCAAGCACAAGGUAGCAUCGCCUUACCACCCACGGAUCAAUGGACAAGCGGAGGUAUCUAACAGAGAAAUUAAGAAGAUCCUGGAGAAAACAGUGUCAACUUGUCAUUUACCAGUUGAAUUGGAGCACAAAGCCUAUUCGGCUCUUAAAUUUCUAAACUUUGAUUUGAAUCUUGCAAGGGAGCAUAGGAAGAAUCAAUUGCAUCAGUUAGAAGAAAUGAGGCUUCAAGCCUAUGAAUCUUCAAAACUGUACAAGGAAAAGGUGAAAAAAUACAAUGACAGCAAGAUCAUCAAGAAAACCUUCAGGCCAGGUCAACAAGUACUCUUAUUCAAUUCCAGGUUGAGGUUAUUCCCUGGAAAGCUCAAAACCAAAUGGACAGGUAUGUUUGUGGUUAAAGAUGUAAAGCCUUAUGGAGCGGUUGAGUUAGAGGACCCUGAAACUAAAAAGACCUGGGUGGUGAAUGGUUAG